AUGAAGCCGCUCCGGUUUGGCGCUCUUGUGCCAGAUCGAGAUUCCGCUGCCAAACGAGCAAACCAGGAUCGGCGCGAGGUGCUCAAGAUCUUCGCCAACGCCAUCACAAAGCGCAGGGAUACCGACUAUGUCGUUGAGGAAGAAGAUUUCAUGAAGGCCUGGGGCCUACGUGUCGCCAGCUCGACUAUGAGAAGGUGCAGCUCCGACAUCUGGGACAUCGGAGACGACAAGCCUGCCUACACUGGGCGAGGACUUGUUGCAGCGCUCAUGGAGCUCGCCUGCUUAAUUCCAAGUUUCAGAUUACCAGCAGCACUGCGCUGCUACUACCACGGCGUCGCCUACCAGCAGCCCUGA